AAAUACCAUAAGUUUUCACAAGAUUAGAAAGAAAGAAAAAUGGAAGUUGUAGAUGAUAAGAGUAGUAGAACUUGUUGUGUAGAUUAUGAUGGUCGAGCAAAAGAAGUAGAGGAGUUUAGCAAAACAAAAGCAGGAGUAAAAGGGCUUGUUGACUCUGGAGUAGAAAAGAUUCCCAGAUUCUUCAUCGUUCCUCCAGAGAUCUUAAACAAUGCACCAACAAAAUCAAGUGAUGAUCACACUAGUCUGCAGGUGCCAGUGAUCGACCUUGGAGGAGUGGUAGGCAUAUUGGACGACGAUGGUGGCCGCCGCCGCGCCGAGAUUGUGAACCAAAUCCGUGUUGCGGCCGAGACAUGGGGUUUUUUUCAGAUGGUGAAUCAUGGGGUUCCCAAGAAGGUUAUGGAGGAUUUGAUGACAAGUACUAGAAAGUUUCACGAGCAAGACAGGGAGGAGAAGAUGAAGUGGUACUCACAAGAUGUGAGCAAACCAAUUAGGUUUUACAGCUAUGGAUUCCUUCACACUUCUGCUCCAGCCAACUGGAGGGAUUCACUUGCUUGUAAUUUCCAGGACAGUGAUUUACAGCUCCAACUACUCCCUCAAGUUUGCAAGGAGGAGAUGAUAGAGUACAUAAAGUGUGUGGAGAGAGUGAAAGAGAAGCUGAGUGAGUUGGUAUCAGAAGCUCUAGGGCUAAGAAGUGAGUAUCUGAGGGAGUUGGAAUGCAUGAAAUCGAGGUACUUGUUGUCACAUUACUACCCAGUGUGCCCAGAGCCUGAACUGACUUUGGGUGUCACAAACCACUCCGAUCCAUAUUUCUUGACCAUAUUGUUACAAGACAACGUCGGUGGUCUCCAAGUUCUUCACCAUAAUCGAUGGGUUGAUGUUCCUUAUCUUGAUGGAGCUCUCGUUGCCAACAUUGGAGACUUAACGCAGAUAAUAACGAAUGGGAGAUUCAAAAGCGUGGAGCAUAGGGUGUUGGCUGCGCGGGGAGGGGGAAGGGGUGGGGCUGGGCCUCGAAUAUCAGCAGCAUGCUUUUUUUAUCCAAGCUCUGCCAUGAAACCUUAUGGACCAAUCAAAGAGCUCCUGUCUGAGACCAACCCCCCACUCUACAGGGAGGUCCACUAUAAGGAGUAUACGACUCUUUAUGUAUCAAAGGGACUAGAUGGUAGCUCUGCCAUUCCCUACUUUCACCUAUAAUAAUAGCUUCAAUUAAUACACUUACCUACAUAUACAUACAUAUAUCACUGGACUUAUAGUCGGAUCUUCUUUAUUUAUUGCAACUUUAACUUUAUUCAAUAUGCAUCUUUCUUCUUCAUCUAAAAAUAUUUAUCAUUUCUUAUAUUUUUGUUAAUAAGAAUUUAGCUGGCAC